UAGCCAACGGCUGAUUCACGUGAGAGCGAUAGAACGGUUCAGCUGCGAAUAAAUCAGCGAUUAAUAAAUUUUACAUAACAUUAACUUUGAAAGUAAACGUUCAGCAACCUGUUAUCAGACAGGACAUUUAAUUGUUAAAGUAAUUACGCAAUGUCGCUGUUACCGAUAUUGUAUUCCGAUUGGUGGGAACGUUUAGAUCGACCUCAUCAUCUCUGGGAUCAGGAUUUUGGCUCGAUGAUAGAUCUAAGUGAUUUGUUGCGCGAUUCGGAACCGUAUGAUUCCGAACUUCUGCUCUAUCGACCUCAUAAACUCGCUAGGAAUCGUCGCUAUCAUCCAUUUUCAAAGAGCACGCUUAAAAAUAAACGAGGCGUAUCCACUGUAAAGCCUGACAAGGAUAAGUUCGAAGUUACUUUAGAUGUGUCGCAUUUCACGCCGGAAGAGGUUAAUGUUAAAGUGGUAGACCAUAACGUUGUUGUUCAAGCGGAACACGAAGAAAGACAGGAUGAUCAAGGCUGGGUCUCGAGAAAGUUUCUCAGAAAAUACAUUGUACCAUCGCAGUGUGAUAUCGAUCAAGUAGAGUCACAUUUGUCGUCUGAUGGUAUCUUGUCCAUCACUGUGCCCAGAAAAAGUCCGUCGAGGACCGAAUCAAACGAAAGGGUACUGAAGAUACAAUAUACUGGAAAACCUGCUUUGUCCAAUUGCGAUGAUAAAGUUAACGGCACGCCAGAACCGCAAAAGGAACAACAACCUCAACGAAUACAACAGCAGCAGCAAUCGCAACAUCAACGCGGGCGAAAGGGAACUCCUAAAAAUUCAUAAAUCGUAUCUAUCACCCUCGUCAUUAAUUUCAUUUUUUAUUACUACUAUUUCAUUCUUUUUUAUACUGUAAACACCGAUUACAGCAUUAUAAAUGUUGUAAUGACAUUUAUUAAUACUUAUAAUAUAACCUAGAGCAUUUAAACUUAUCCUCAGACGUG